GGAACACUCAACUCGUAGGAAAAUGAGUCACUGGCUUUUCUCCAUGAAAGUAUGUGGCUUGGUGCUUUGACCAUGAAUCGGAGAACAAAUUGUCUCAAUUCAUAUGUAGGAUUGGGAUAUAAGGCUGAGGUUUCUCCUCGAAUUGAGGCAGAUAUCACAUUUCAACCAGAUCUCAUAUUCACUGCGUCUUACACCAUACACUUUCUUCCCAAGACAGAAUACAUCUGAACUCCUUUCCUAAAUCCAAUCCUCCUUCUACCCUACUCAACACAACCCAAUACUCCGAACUCACGACGAAACCACAAACUCAACUCAAGUACUCCCAAACAAAUUGCAAGCAAUGGCCGAAACUCCCGACAAGAUGGAACCUGGUAUGAUCACCUGGACCGAAAUCCCCUGCACCGACCUCGAGCGCAUCCAAACCUUCUACUCCACCGUCUUCGGCUGGAACGUCACCCCCAGCCUCGGCGGCAGCGAGGACUUCUCCAUGUUCAGCAAAGGCGCUACCCACGGCAGUUUCAUCAAGCUCGCCCCCCACAACUUCCUCUCUCCCGGCAUCCACCCCGAGAAUCCUGACGCAGCUCGUAUUGCACUACGUGUUACGAUCAACGUUGAGAGUGUGGAUGAGAAGUUGAAGGAGAUUGAGAAGGCUGGUGGAAGUUUGUACAUCCCGAAGAAGGCCAUCCCAGGUGACAUGGGCUUUGUUGCCUAUUUCCUCGACACCGAGAAGAACGUUAUGGGUGUCUGGUCUAUGAAGUAGAUACACACUACGUCAACUUAUCGAAUAUGACGAAGUGCAUGUCGGGAGUUGGCAUGGAGUCUCGUCGUUGUGCGGAACAUGGACUUUAUUUUCUUCCCGGCUUUUGGGCGAUGCUUUUCUCUGCUGGUGCUAGUGGAGAAUUGACUUCGACGUGGGAUUGGGAUUUACAUUUGGGCUUGGUGCUUGGUAUUCAGAUGACUUCUCCUGACAUGCAAAUGCAAGGCUGAAUUACAUUAAACUCAAGAUAUGUACCAGAGUGACGGUUUGCAUGAAGAGUGUACUUAAAAGGUAGCUUACCACAGCUGAGACUACUGAUCAAACACAAGCUUAUGAAAAUUACCUGGAGU